AUGGCCGCCAAAUAUGCCUUCACGGCCAUCGCACAGGUCCGCCCCUUCUCCGAGAAGGAAAAGCUAGCGGGAAAACGUUGUGUGAUCAGCAUGGCCGCCAACCAAACCAAGAUCUUGGACCCGGCCUUCUUUGAUUCAGAAGACGGUUCCUCCAGCCCGGGCGACCGCAGCAUGUGGGAGCGGACGUUCAAUUUUGACCACAGCUUCUGGAGCCACACUUCUGCGGGGCGGGGCUUGGGCGGGGGGCGUUUCUCCAGCCAGGCGGACGUGCAUCAAGCGCUAGGGAUAUUUUUAUUAGACAACGCCUGUCGAGGAUUCAACUGCUCCCUUUUCGCCUACGGACAAACCGGUUCCGGGAAGACGUACACCAUGCUUGGUGACAGCUCGGACCUAACUUCGGCUGCCGGGGAGGGAACGGCAGGCCUUAUCCCUCGCAUCUGCGUUGAGUUGUUUGAGAGAUGUGGGCUCUCGAACAGUCGGGAAGCGGACUGUCGGGGUGCUGCUGAGAACGCCUUCCGGAAGAAUGGUCAGGCAUCGAUUCAAGUCUCCUUUUGCGAGGUUCGGGAUCUCUUCGCCGAGGGAGGUAGCGGGCACGGUUUGAGGGUGCGUGAGCACCCCACGAAAGGAGCGUUCGUUGAGGGGCUCUCGGCGAGGCCGGUGGUGUGCUACCAGCAGGUGCAGCAGCUACUCGAGGACGGCAUGUCCGCCAGCUCUCGGAGUAGCAAGAUCUGCCUGGUCGACCUCGCCGGAUCCGAGAGGGCCAAUGCGACCGGGGCUAAGGGCGACAGGCUUCGAGAAGCGGCCAACAUCAACAAGAGCCUCUCAACACUGGGCGACGUCAUCAAAGCGCUGGCAAAGAAGGCGGAUUCCUGGCCGGGAAGUGGAGGUGGAGGAGCGAGCAGCAACAACAGCAGCAACAGCGAGAGUUUUAUUCCAUACCGGAACUCGAUGCUAACAUGGCUCCUCAAGGACAGCAUCGGAGGAAACUCGAAGACGGUCAUGCUCGCCGCGAUUUCCCCAGUGGCAGAGGCCUAUCAGGAGACCAUGAGCACCCUCAGGUACGUCGAGCGGGCAAAGGACAUCGUCAAUUCCAUCGCCAUAAACGAUGCCAACGCCAACCCGUUGGUUGGAAAACUGAGGGAGGAAGUCCGUGCGUUGCAGGAGCUGCUCGAGGUGAAGGAAGCGGGCAUCGCUGAGCACGUGGCGAAAGAGGCUAUGCUCACCGCGGCGCUCGAAAGAGCACGUGAGGGCGAUGACGACAAAGUGCUGCGAGCAUUGGCGGAGGCCGACGACCUCCAAGCCGCCCUCCAGGCCGAGAGGAGAGACAAAGAGAGCCUCGAAGCAGCGGCGGCGAAGCAGGCUAGGAGCCAGGAGCGGAAGCACGCGAGAGAACUCCAACAGCAGGCUGAUCGCCACACGGCAGACCUCGAGGCAAGCCAGAAGCAACACGAGGAGGAUAUGAGCAGGGCCCGAGAAGAAGCCGCGCAGAUGCUGGCGCGUGAGGUGGGUCUAGCCAAAGACCAAGCUGUCAAAGAACGGGAAAGCUUGCGAGCAGAGUGGGAGGAAGCGGCGGAAGCAGAACGCCUAGCAGUGGCGAAAUCUCACCAGGAGGAGAUGGCGGGGAUUUUAGAACAGCACAGGACCGAGAUCGAGAGACGGUCACAGGAGUCGGUCGAUGCUGCAGCCCAUGCCGCCGAAUCCGCUGCCACUGAACUGUCGGAGUUACGGGCGAUACAUGCGAUCGACGUUGCCCAGAGUUCUGCGGCGGCACAGGCACGGCAAGCCCAAGAAAUUCAGCGCCUGCGCGAAGAAUUCGACCGGGAGAAGGAGAGCAUGAAAGCAGCGACAAACGAAGCAAGACUCGCGGAGGAGACUGCACGGGACACGGAGAUACAGAAGAGAAUAGCCACAGCUACUGCUGCUGCGAACGAGGCUAGAGAAGCCGCCAUUCAGGAGUUGCGUGACCAGCACGACAGGUCUUUCGAAGCACUGAGUAAGGUACACGCCGUGGCCGUCAAGGCUGCGGUCGAAGAGGCAACGGAGCGGCUGCGCGUCGAGCACGAGAACGAAAUGGCUGCCGCACGAUCUGCCGCAGAGACCACCCUCAAAGAAUCAUGCCUGGAGGAGGCCAGGCUAUCGGAGAAGAAACACGCCGCCGACGCCGAAGCUGCGAUUUCGGCUCUCAGCCAACGUUAUGAAGCCGAGCUAGACGCGCUGAGGCUGGCCAGCGAGGCCGCCCUUGAGAAGGGCCAGCGCGAUGCCGAUGCUAAACUCGCAGCACGCGUACGAGAAGCCGCCGAGGAUGCGUCCGUGAUGCAGGCGGAAUCCGCGAGGACCCUCCAAGCCCUGAAAAACUCCCACAUCGAGGAGCUCGCCGCAGCGAACAGAGAGUACGACUCAAGGCUACAGCGAGCCGUCGACGAGGAGAGGUCCAAGGCCAAGGUGGAACAAGCGGACGCGACCGAGGCGCUCAGGGCUGAGGCGGAGGCGGCGAGAGCCGUUGCGGAGCAGAAGCACCGGGAGGAGACCCGUGUGGUGGAGGAACGACUCGGAGCGGAAAUCAAAGCCCUUGUCGAUGACAGUGAGCUCAGACAGAGGGAGGCCGUUGAGGCACUUAGGGCGGAGAAUGAGACCUCUGCGGCUGAGGCCAAAGCUAGACACGAAGGUGCUGUUGCGGCUGCCGAGGAACGCUGGCGAGAAGCCGCCGAAGCUGCAGCCGUGGCUGCAGAAAAGAAAAGGACAGCGGACGUCGAAGCCGCCGAACUUCGAGCCUCGGAGUCUUUCGCGAAGCUUCAAUCUCAAGCAGCAGCGACGCUUGCAGCUGAGCAAGAGAAACACCGAGAUGAGGUGCGCCGGAUAGAAAAGCAGCACGAGGUGGAUGUUGAGGCCAUCCAAGCCGUAGCAGAGGACAAGCGAGCGUCGGAUCUCGCAGCCGCUGAUAACUUGUUAUCCCGCUCUUUAUCCGACGCUCGGAACGAGCGGGCGGGCGCGAUAGCGGCGUUGGAUACCCAACAUAAAGAAGCGCUUGCUCUAUCCGAAGCAACGCACAACGAUAAGGUGGCCCGCUUGGUGGCUGAUGCAGAGGACAGGCUGUCCCUCUCCUUGAUCCAGGUUGAGAACGAACAUCGAGCAGCGAUGGAGAUUCUAGACGCACAACACAGAGAAGCAUUAGCCGUUCGUGAUGCGGCGCACAGGCAGGAGAUGGAUAGCUUAGCCGCUGACGCCGAGAGAAAGGCAGAAACAGCCGCGCACAAAGCAGAGGAAAACAUUGUUUCGGCGCUGGCCGCGAUUAAGUCGGAAACGGAGACGGCCACCGCAGCUCAAGACGCACGUCACCGAGACGAACUGCGCAAAGUUCAACAAGGGUUAGAAGCGGAAGCACUUCGAGCCGCCACCGUGGCUGAGAACCGGAGGGAGGCCGAUCUCGCCGCCCUGCGCCGAGAAGUCGCCCAGGCGGAAGACAAGACCAAAGAGGUGUCGGAAUUGGCGGAGCAGCGUAUCGCAGCCAUAAGCGAGAAGAUGGUUCAACUGAAGGAGGCGCACAAGGAAGAGCUCACCAGACUCGGCGAAGAGCACACCGCGGCGAUAGGCGAAGCGGGAAAACGUCACGCUGCAGAACUUUCCGGCGCUCAAAGUACUUACAAAACUUCCGCGGAGGCCAUCCGCGUAAAGAUGGCCGAAGAAAAGGCAGAGUUUGUUGCGAAGCACUUGCUCGAGAUGCGCAAGGUUAAACAAGUCGGUGUUGCCGAACUCCAGCGCGCUUCCCGAGAGGCCGAAGAGCGAAGCGCGGCGCAGCAGCUGAAGGCGGCCUCGGAGUUGGACGACGCCAAGGCGGCCCAUCUGCGCGACCUGCAGGCGGCGGCUGCGUCAGCAGAGGAGGCCAGAAAGGCAGAGUUCGAGGCAGCGCAGGGCACGCUCGCGUCGACGACGGCCGAGCUGAAGUCGGAAAUUGCCAGGCUCGAGGAGCAGCACCGAGACGAACUGCAGAGGAAAAUCGCCGAAGCGCGGGAGGCCGAGAGCAACGUCCACGCCAAGGGCCUCGCCGACGCCAUCGCGGAAGCGGACGUGGUCCACGAAAGGAAGCUCGAAGACUCCCUUCAAGCGGAACGGUCCUCUCACGCGGCGGCGCUCUCCGCCAUCAGCGAAGAGCGCGAGGCGGAGCGAGAAGCGGCGGCAACAGAAAUCAACAAUCUCCGCGAAACUCUCCAAUCGAAGCAUCAGCUUGCUGUCGACGCUCUCAAGGAGGCCCACCGCGUCGCAAUGGAGCGGUCGGAGGAGAGCAGCAAGAAGGUAGUCGAAGAGUUGAAAGUGAAGGUUGAAGCUGCGCAGACGGCCGCCGUGGACGCACAAGCUUCCGCCAACGAACUUGAGACCCGCGCGGAGGCGUUAGACGAGAUGCUCAAGGCUUCGGUGGGCUCCAACGAGCAGGAAUUGGCCGGGCACCGCAGUCGCGUGGCGCAGUUGCAGGGCUUCGUCGCUCGGCGAGAGGCGGCCGCAGCUUCCGCCUCCACGGCAGACAACGGCGACAGCAUCAACCUGUCUCCCGCCGCUUCCCGUUCCCUGCGGCAAAGAGUCUCUGACCUCCGCGCAUUGGCCGUCGGCGCCGGGGAGGCUGGUCUGAAAAUUGGCGGCCGAGAGACGGGACUCGCGGAAUUCGCGAGCACUGGAUUGGUGGAAGGGUUGACCAUGGAGAAGUACGCAGAGGAGUUGGAGGUCGUACUCGUACGCGCGACCGUGGAAGCGGCAACGGCAAGGCAGGACCACUUGGAAGCCGACUUGCAGUGCCAGGGAGUCACGAGGCAACUGGUGGGCCUCAAGCUGGUGCACGCGCAGCUUCGCGAAUGCCUUGAAGACACCCAAGUAAAGCUCGAGCAUAAGUCCCAGAGCGCGGCACGAAGGCUCCUGAACUCGGCUGCCCGACUAGCCUACGAGUUCGCCAAACCCGAUCGCUUUUCAUCGAGCCCUCCCCGGUCUCCAAAGUCCACCAAACCGAGAGCAAUGAACCGACAGAAUUCCGCGAGCCGGUCCCCGCGUUCCCGCGCCAGGGGCAUUGCUGGUCGGCGAAACAAAGCGCCGCAGCAAGAGGGGGAGGCCGUCUCGAACGAGCAGGUCGCGAUCGACUUCAGCGCUACCUUGUAA